AUGACCGACAAUCCUGAGCCCAAGGGCAAAGGCAUUAGUUCGCGCUUUUCGAACAUUUUGCGUCGUUCUACUCGCUCUACCUCUGACUUGACUGGCAUACACGAACACGAUAUCGCAUCUGAAUACCCGACUCCUGCACACAAAAACCCAUUCUCUGCCAUCCCUAGUGGAGGCACACAAGAGGCAGUCGCUAGCGCGCUAGCCGUAAUUGACCGCAUUUCGGACUACACCCUUAGCCCACCCCCUACAGUUCCUCUCGUCGCAAGCCCGCCGAGAAGCCCUGUCGUCGCAAACGCCGGCAUCACACUGGUCAUCAGCUCCUCACAAGAGUCCGAACAGGUUAGAGAUGCCGGCGCGGCGCUGGCGCAACUCACGGAAUAUACGUUGGACGAUGAACCCAUCCAUAGCCCCCCCAGGAUCGCACCUGUUGAAAUGGAGGCCAUAUCCAGGCCAGGAUCCACUACCCCCACCCGAAACCGCACGAGACCCACCGAAAGACAAGUUACUCCAAUGGAAGACUGGGUCUUCAGCAGUCAAGAACUACACUGGUUCAAACGCCUCGAGGCUGGAGGCUACCCCGACAACGAAGCCCUCGAGCGCUGCAUCAAAUACUAUACCAUCACCAACCAAGCCAUCGCCAACAUUAUCGAGAACAGGCAACUAUACGAUAAUACCGACGAAGAAACGAGCAGCACCAAUGCCUUCAUUCAAAAAAUCGAAAAACUCGGCAACCAAAUCUCUUCAAUCGCCGAAAACGCGCUUUACAACGGCACGGAAGCAGGACCAAGUCGUCCAGAAUCACCGAUGAAGCAAGACGAAGAGGAAGACACAUACAUGGGCGAACCCGAACCCGGCCCGAACCAACCCAACCCCCUAACCACUGAAAUCUGCUGGGGAACCGACGCUAAACCAGGCGAGUGGGGAGGUUACACCAACCCACCAGCACCAACACACCCAACCAUUGCCGAUCCCACCCAAUCCAUGCUCCAGGCGAUUUUAACCAAGAUGGGGCAGCUCGACGACAUCAAGUCCCGACUAGACAAGCUCGAAGGCAAAUCGCCGCAGGUACACACUGCACAAACGAGCACGUCUAGAAACAAACACACACCCAACUCAAAUCCUGCCCCAACCGCCAACCCUUCACAAUCGCGCCCCAGCUUUGCCAAUGUCGCGGCGAAGGCGCCAGCCAAAGCCCCGGAGGUCAAAGCCUCUAACAUUGCCGCUGCCAUCAAGAGGGACAUCGCCAAACCGGCGCCCGCACAGAGCGACGACAAGAAUUUUGUCGUUCGCUUCAAAACUUUACCCGUCACCCAACCUAACCCCGAAAGCAUAUUCGUGGCCAUGCGGGAAUGCCUUGAUGCCGCAAACCGCAACCUCGGCAAGGGCAGACUCACCAGAGUCCGGUGGUCACUAAAGGCAAGCCUCCACCUUUCCUUCUCUAAUAAUGUCUCCGUCACGGCGAUUGAAAACGCCAUCCCACUGCUCAUGGAUCGUCUACGACUCCCUGAGUACGAUUUCGGACCUGAGGUCCCAUGGAGCAGACUAGUCGUCACAAACGUCCCCACCGGGAUGGGCGGCUCACUGCAACGCAUGCGCAACCGCGAGGAGCUAACACAGCUCCUCAACGAAGCCUUCCCUGACUCCGCCAAAUUUGGCUCAGGACGCAAUGCCUCUACUGUCUCGUUUGCCUUCGAAGACGCAGGAGGUCUCACCUCGGCCCGUCUAAUGAGCUCACCUACCCUAUACAUUUACGGCAGGAAAUGCGAAAUCAAGAAGUUCAACCCAAAACCCCUACUCCAAACCUGCUCGAAAUGCGUCCGCUACGGACACACCGAACGCCAAUGCCGAACCAAAAAACCCCGCUGCCACAAAUGCGGACGUAACAACCACACAACCGAAGAACACAACGCGGACAACUGCCCUCGCUGCAUCCGUGACGGCAAAGGCAACCCGUGCGAAUGCAUUUACUGCACAUCCUGCAGCCUCCACGGCCAUCGCUUCAAUACCCCGAUUGCCCCAAGAUGUCCGAAUUCCGACGCCCCAUCACGCAAAUUGUUGCUAACCGGUCCGCAAACCGCAAUGACUGAAAGACACUGCAUCCAACUUAACGUCGCAGGCUGCAACCCGCGCAUGCACGCCCUGCUCAACGAACCCCUAUACGCGCACUUUGACAUUUUUAUUUUCCAGGACAUCUGGUGGGGCCGUAUUGGCUCCCAAAAGAACAUCGACCCCACUCUUCAUAAUAUUUAUGGCACCACUAACUCUAAUAAUUUUUUAUGCAUCAUACCUCCGGGCUUCACCGACGAAAAAGGGCCCAGCGUCGCUAUUUAUAUCCGAAAAGAGCGCAACAUUCAUGCCCAAUUCUCCAACUGCGUCCCGACUCACCGCGAUAUCCUCGCAGUUGACCUCUUCCUCGACAACCACAAAUUCACCAUCGUCAACGCCUACGCACACGGAAAAGAGGCACACAAAACCAUAAAUCACCUCACUAACGAAAUCAUACCUAUCGAUCGACCUCUCAUCCUCACCGGCGACUUCAACCUCCACCACCCAGACUGGGCCCUAGACGGUUCCAAAUGGAAAAACAGACACCCGAACCAAACGGAAAGGGAGUUUAGAGAUUACGCUGAGUUCAACGAUCUUACAAUUAUGAACCACACCUCGCACCCCACCCGCAUUGCAUCUAACCCCGCUUCCAACUCCAUUAUCGAUCUUACGUUUCUUAACAAUAGGGCCGUCGAGGCGUGGCCCGACUUCAACUGGGAAGUAGACACGCCAUCGACCGGCAGAUCAUGCGGCUCGGACCACAUGGCCAUCACAUGGUCAAUCCAGCCGUUCGAUCAAGACGAACCUGUCGAAGAAGCGAUUCUCACGUCGCACAGGCCAAUCGACCCCAAGCGGGAGGACAAAUGGGUCGAAGCAUACGCCAAAGCCCUCAAGAAAUUUGACCUCCCCGAAGAUCCCAAUACCGCCGAAGACGCCGACUUGAUCACGGGGGCGAUCCUGGAGGCCAUGUCAACCGCGACGAUCAAAACGAUGCCCGACGGCAACAAGAAAAAGAAAAGUAACGGACCGCCGCGAUCCCCAUGGUGGAACGCCGAGUGCUCAGGCGCGCUCAACGAUCUCAAACAUAACCCCGAGAACCGCACCCGAGAACAACUUCGCUCAACGUUACGCGGCGCCAUCAGACGCGCACGUCGAAGCCACGGAGAUCGUAUACUCGCCGAAAUCCGCACGUCCAAAGUCUUCGAGUCGCUCAAAUGGUUCCAGGGGAAGCGCCGGUCCUUACUGCCCCCGAUCAAAAGCCCCGAUGGAGGCCUCACAGCCACACACCCGCACCACAAAGCCAAAAACCUGGCUAAGCAAUUCUUUCCGUCUAUUGCCAACCCUAAUAUAUCUCUACACCCACUAGGAAUCAGGGCCAUGACCAAACGCCCAUUCCAGGAGAUAUCCACAGACGAAAUUGCCAAUGCCAUCAAAUGCACUUCCAACAAAUCCUCCCCUGGCGCAUUUGGCUCAAACUACAGGCUCCUCAAAUGGGCCUUCUGGUGCGACACUAGUAUCUUUGUCAACCUAUUCAACCUCUGUUUGAGAAUUGGCUACCAUCCCUCAGUGCUGCGUAACUGCGUCAUCGCCCCCAUCCCAAAGCCCCGUCGCCAAGACAUGUCCCUACCCAAAAACUAUCGUCCCAUUGCUUUACUAGAGACGCUAUCCAAACUUCUAGAGAAGGUUAUCACAACUCGAAUCACCUUUGAGGCUGGCAAGCACUCGCUCAUCCCACACAGCCAGUUUGGGGGUAAAGACAUCACCUCUUGCACCGACGCUGGGUUAUGCAUGAUCCACGACAUCAAAACUCACUGGAAGUCCAACCACAGGGUCUCUCUUAUCACCCUGGACGUGUCCGGAUACUUCAACAACGUGGAUCACAGGAGGCUAAUUUACACUCUGGAUCGCAUGGGGUACCCCAAUCAAAUUUGCAAUUGGCUCAGAUCUUACCUCAGCCAUAGAACUGCACAAUUUAGAGUGGACGGUCACCUCUGCCCUCCUAUAGCCCUCCCACCUGUGGGAAUUCCCCAAGGUUCUCCUCUAUCCCCCAUUUUAUCCUCAUUAUACUCCACCCCACUCCUCAUUGCUGCACAAGACCCACACGCACAGUCCUUUGCCUACAUAGACGACUUCACCAUUUUGGCGUGGGGGAAGUCUCAUGAGUAUAAUGUGGCUACAAUGCGGCGGAUAGCCACUUGUGUGUCUCACACAGCCUCCCAACUUGGCUUAGAAUUUGAAAUUGAUAAGUCUGACUUAAUACAUUUCUACCGCCACUCUAACCACUCUUCCAACCCCAGUCUUCAUCUUACCCUGAAUGGCAAGAACUAUACCAUACUGCCCCAAGGAUGCAUUCGUUGGCUAGGAUUCUACUUAGAUAGGAAGCUCACGUUCAAAGAGCAUAUCUCUAACUCCACCAACAAAGCCAAAGCCAUCAUAGCUGGACUAGGAAUGCUAGCCAACACACAGCGCGGACUUACCAUCAAACACGCGCGCAUCCUAUACCUCACCUGCGUCAUCCCAAUCCUUACAUAUGGAUCCCCUCUGUGGUUUCUGGGGCGCAGACAGAAGUCGUUGCUCGAACCGCUUAGGAAGGUCCAGAACCAAGGACUGAGAUGGCUUCUUGGAGCCUUCAAAACCACUCCUAUCCCCUGUCUUGAACACCUAGCCUCCAUCCCGCCCAUACACAUCACGUGCCAGAAGCUUAUCAUGAACUACUCGGCUAAACUUAGAACCAUCCCCAAGUCAUCCGAAGUUGCUAAACGUCUCCCAGCGUCAUGGGACACGCAUACACCUACCCUUAACAGCAACAGGAAUAACAAGGCCGAGAGCUUACAAUCCCCCAUCCACUUCAUCGCAUCACAUAGUCACCCACACAUUGAGUUCGUCUCAACGCAUAUCAACCACCCGUCCAAUCCAGCAAUCCCGUUCCCUGAUCAAAUCAAAAUCAAGGACACCUCCGACGGCCUCAAACGCGACGAAUACCGCGACAAAAUCCUAUCCGAAAUUAGCGUACUGGAAGAUUGUCAUGCCAGCGUUCUUGGCUAUUCAGAUGGGCACGCGGCGGUGUCCAAUGGCAUUCGGAAAGUCGGCGUCGGCUACGUUAUACGAGCCGGAAAAAGGACUUUGUCAUCGUCGUCGAUUGGAAUCGGACCGCGAGCGAACAUAUACGAUGCGGAAAUGCUGGGAAUUCUCUUAGCGUUCAUGAAAGCUAAACAAAUAGCCGAAAUCCAAGGAUAUCGUAAAAUACGAAUAUACUGCGAUAAUCAAGCCGCUGUUAGAUCCAUUGCCGACCUAUCUCGACACCCGUGCCAGUUCGCCUCCAGAGUUUUCGUCCCCGCCGCCAAGGCAUUCGUAGAGGGACACCCCGAACGAUCCAUUCAUAUCACCUGGACGCCCGGGCACAACGGAGUCGAAGGCAACGAAACAGCGGACCGGCUGGCGAACGAAGGAGCUAGAGUUACUCCGACCCCUAUAUUCAACCGCACCAUCACGUGGGCUAGAGAACAAGCCACACGGAAGACCGUACGAUCUUGGAAGAAAGCGUGGCACGAUCACACCGAAUCCAGAAUUAACUCCAAAUACUACAUACCCCGCCCCCCGCCCUAA